CUCGUCUGUCUCUGCUUCGCCCUACUACCUCACAUGGUAAUGGCUGCGCGCGCAUCGGGCCUCCUGCUCAGCGGACCUGCCGUUCUGAGGACGAGGAGAAGACAGGCCCUACAGUGGAGCUGCAGUGGGGAGCACGUGGGCUGUGUGUAUGUGGCUACCUGCAACACCAACCUCCCCAUAUGAGUGUUCCUCCUGCACUCUGGAUGAAGAACCCGAUCACCAGCAUUGUAAUGAAGUCUGGUGGUGUCAGUG